ACGUCCGAGCGUGCAGUGUCAGACAGACGUCAGUGUCGCGCCGGCCAGUCACCAGUCGCUGUUAUCACUCGCAAUCACUCGCAAGUGGCGUUCUAAACAAAGCGGCUGUGUUUUGUUAUUGUAGCCCGCAGACUACUGGCUGGCCCUCACUCAGUGGCCCACACUGGCACAGCCGGCACCGCGCGCCGCCCUCGGUGACCUUCACGCGCCAGAGAGACGUACGACUGGCGAAGUAGUACAGCAGCUAUAGCGCGACAGAACCAUGCGUUUGAUAAUAUUGGAGGACGCCAGCGUGGUGGCGGACUGGGCGGCGCGGUUUGUGCUGCAGCGCAUCACACAGUUCGCGCCCGGCCCCGGCCGACACUUCGUGCUGGGGCUGCCCACCGGAGGCACCCCGCUCGGCAUGUACCGCCGUCUCAUCGACUUCUACAAGGAGGGGCGCAUCUCCUUCAAGUAUGUGACCACCUUCAACAUGGACGAGUACGUCGGUCUGCCCCGCGACCACCCGGAGUCGUAUCACUACUACAUGUGGAACGAGUUCUUCAAGCACGUGGACAUUGAGCCCAGCAAUGCGCACGUGUUGGACGGGAACGCGCCCGACCUCGUGGCAGAGUGCAAGCGUUUCGAGGACCUCAUCGCGGCCGCCGGCGGAGUGCAUCUCUUCAUUGGAGGUAUCGGGCCGGACGGGCACAUCGCGUUCAACGAGCCGGGCUCCUCGCUCGUGUCGCGCACGCGCGUCAAGACGCUGGCCUACGACACACUCGAGGCCAACAAGCGCUUCUUCGGCAAUGACAUUAGCAAAGUGCCGCGCCAGGCACUCACUGUAGGCGUCGGGACUGUCAUGGACGCUAAAGAGGUGAUGAUACUGAUCACCGGCGCGCACAAGUCGCUGGCGCUGGCCAAGGCGGUGGAGGAGGGAGUGAACCACAUGUGGACCGUGUCGGCCUUCCAGCAACAUGCGCAGGCGCUGUUCGUGUGCGACGAGGACGCCACGCUCGAGCUGCGCGUCAAGACCGUCAAGUACUUCAAGGCGCUGAGCGAGGAGCACCAGCGGAUGAUCGCCGGCGUGCCCGUGCACGAGCAACGCGUGCUGCACUGACUGCACCGCCACUGCAGGGCGAGCUGCACCGACGGCACCGCCACUGCAGGGCGAGCUGCACCGACUGCACCGCCACUGCAGGGCGAGCUGCACUGACUGCACCGCCACUGCAGGGCGAGCUGCACCGACUGCACCGCCACUGCAGGGCGAGCUGCACUGACUGCACCGCCACUGCAGGGCGAGCUGCACCGACUGCACCGCCACUGCAGGACGAGCUGCACCGACUGCACCGCCACUGCAGGGCGAGCUGCACCGACUGCACCGCCACUGCGACACCGCGCCCUCCAUUGUUUGUGGUCCCCGACCACAUACGUCGCUUGACUUACAAAUAUAAUUGUAACGAAAAUAAGCAUCGAUAGCGAAGUAUCUUAAACUUUCAUAUUAUGUACAUAGGCACUAUAACACUUUUAAAUUAAAUGUUAUCAUAAUCUUUACUUUCGUGCCUUAUGUUAUGGUCAAAUUGAAAUAACUUUGAUGAGCCGCAAUAGCGGUGCAGUAUGUGGUGUCGCAGUAGCGGUGCAGUAAGUGGUGUCGCAGUAGCGGUGCAGUAAGUGGUGUCGCAGUAGCGGUGCAGUAAGUGGUGUCGCAGUAGCGGUGCAGUAAGUGGUGUCGCAGUAGCGGUGCAGUAAGUGGUGUCGCAGUAGCGGUGCAGUAAGUGGUGUCGAAGUAGCGGUGCAGUAGUGCAGUAGUGCAGUAGUGCCGCAGAGCCGCGCUAGUAACGUGUGGCGGUUGUUGCAGAGCCUCAUGACGGAGCACAACAAGCUGCUCGAGAUACUCGCGCGGUGACUCGGCCAGCCACUCGGGGACCAAACCAUUUAUGCUGUAUAUAUAUAUAUUAUAAUAAAUGUAAUGAGGUAUUGUCAUUAAUAAAAUAAAUAUUGUUUCACAUGAA